UCUCUCUUGUCUUUUCUCUUCUUCUCUUCCUUCUCUCGGUUGUCUUCCUCUGCUUCCUUCUCCUCUCUUUUGUCUGUUUCUCUAUAAUCUCUAGGAGUAUUUUUCCAGCGAGUUCAAGUGCUGGUGUUUGGUAUUGAGAGGUUAAAAAGUGUUGUCGGUGAUCGAAAUUACUUGUUUUUAAUCCGGUGGAAACCGCUUUGGCUGCUGCUUCGGAUUGAUUUUCUGCUGCUUUUGAGCUUGAAAACGAGUGGUUUAGAUAUUUCUUCUGUAGUUCUGCAAUCUCGAGCGGAUUGAAGGUCAAUUGGUCAGAGAAAAAGGGCCUUUUCGUUUCCUGUAGCAACUUUUUGUAGAUCCAGAGAAAGAGAAUGAAAGACCUAGCUGCCGAUUCGAUUUUGAUUGCGAAGAGUGAACUUUGAAUUCAUGACAAUUUUGCUGGAGAAAGGAAGGACGUCUCCGAAGAGUUUUUCUUUACUGUGUUGAAAGGAAGUAAAAAAGGAGAUCUCUCUUGGUUUCUGUGGCCAUGACAGUUCAGGAUUGUGGAGCAAGUGGAUCAAAUGCAACUCUCUCAGCAGGCAAUGGAAUUUCUGUGAUUCCUUGCUUGCAUAAGGUGACUGGUCUUCAAGUUAAGGAACAAUUUUCUUGCGCGGAUGACUAUACUCCAAAGGUAAGGAAGCCAUACACAAUUACGAAGCAAAGAGAAAGAUGGACAGAAGAAGAGCAUAAGAAGUUCGUAGAAGCUUUGAAGCUGUAUGGUCGAGCAUGGCGACGUAUAGAAGAGCACGUUGGCACCAAGAAUGCUGUUCAGAUUCGAAGCCAUGCUCAGAAAUUCUUCUCUAAGGUCGUUCGUGAAUCAGGUGGCAGUAACACAAGCUCGGCUGAACCAAUUGAAAUUCCUCCUCCCAGACCAAAACGAAAACCUGUUCACCCUUACCCUCGUAAAUUGGUGCAUCCUAGUAAUAAAGAGUACUCAAUACCAGAACAAUCAUUAAGAUCUUCAUCUCCUCGAUUGUCUGUUUCAGAACAAGAAAAUCACUCUCCAAAAUCAGUGCUAUCUAGAGUUGGCUCGGAUGCACUGGGUUCAGCUGAUUCAAACUCACCAAAUGGUAGCUUGUCUCCUGUUUCGUCGGCUACUGCUGUCCAUUCUAGUGGCUUUAAAAUUCCUUUAGCAAACUCUUCACCAGAAGCAAAUCAGUCUCCAUCUCCAGUCUUAGAAAAUGCUGAUUCAGUUCCCAAAGAACAUCUCUCCAUGAAACUUGAGUUGUUCCCUAGUGAUGUUGUUCUUGUCAAGGAAGAGAUGACUAAGGAGGCAUCUACCCGCAGUCUUAAGCUCUUUGGAAGGACUGUAUUGGUCACCGAGUCCCAUAGACCAUCUUCUCCAACCAUGGUGACUCCUAAAUCAGUGCCAUCAGAUGAGGAAGAUAAAAAGGAUUCACAAUUUCAAUCUUGGAACCCUGUUGCUUUGGAUUUGUCAUCUGGGACAACAAAAAAUUGUGGGAUACAUUCGCCAUAUGGCGCUCCUGGUGUUCCCUACUACAUGCAUUUCUUAAAGGAAAACUCAAAUUCUAUAGAUGCUGGUUCUGCUGCUCCAUUGCCUUGGUGGUCCUCUUCCUGUGGAGGUCUGUUGCCUCCUUUUGUGCCAUUCGGUCAGCAGGAGGCAGUUGAAGCAGUUUCUGAUAUCAAUAUUGAAAAUCACAAGGAAGGAUCUUGGACUGGUUCAAAUUCCGGGUCUGUGAAUGAAGGGGAAAUUGUUGACAAGAAUUUGGACAUUGAGAUCCAUAAUUGUCUACCGCUUUUUGAGAAAAAGAGAAAAGAAUUGGACUUGGGUUUUAAGUUCAAACCGAAUGAGAAAUCAGCCUUCUCUGAGGUAAGAGUCAGUCGUGAAAAGUGUGUGAAAGGGUUUGUGCCUUACAAAAAGCGUAUGGCAGAACCAGAGAGGCAGAGACCCUUUCCUCGACGAUGACAGGUGAAAAUAGAGUAACUCAGAGAGUAUGCCUUCAAUUGUAGCUGCACAUUUUUGUCAUUUGGCGGAGAUCAUUUCUAACAAGGAUUUGGAAACAAGAAACAAGUAGACGGGUUGACUGUAUUGACUCCAGUUACCGGAUGACUCGGAAUAAGAAAGGAUUUGUGGGCUCAAAGUGGCAACAGCCGAUCACUGAAACUAUGGAAAUUCUCAUCAAGCUAUUAAGAUCUUCUAGUUCCAUUGUUCAUCCCUAUAUCCUGUAUUCAUCAUGUUCUCUCUUUUGCCUAGUCACUUUCUCAAGUCUUGUAGAUUAGUAACCAUGUUCCUUCUAAUUCUUUCCCUCUAAACUUGGUUCCUCAAGUAGCUAAUUUUGUUCAGCUUUUGUAUUAUACGUGGAAGCAAUUGAAGAAGUUGAAUGAUAAGAAUACGCAGAUCUUCAAUUGUAUAUAGGUUUACUCCUGAGUCUCUGUAUGUAGAGCUACUUUUCAGUAUUUGAGCCCUAUCUUAUUUACACGGAUUAGAGAACUGGAAUUUGUUUACAGGAAUAUUUUGUGGCAUGAA